AUGAGGUCUCGGCUACUGCUUCCCGUGGCCCACCUGCCCACAAUUCAGGAGACCCUGGAGGAGAUGCUGCCCGGGGGGCCCGGGCAGGAGCCCCCGGCCUCCCCCAGCCUGGAUGACUACGUGAAGUCCAUUUGUCAGCUGGCACAUCCCACUUCAGUGCUGGAUGUGGCCACAGCCAGGGCCCAGCCCAGCAGAAGCCCCCGGCCAGCCCGGACCUUCCAGAAGAGCUGCCCUACUGAGUCCCUACGGGACAUUACUACCUGCUUCAGGGGUCAGCAACGGACACCGCCUGGGGACGGCACUACCGACCCCCUGGACUGGCUCUUUGGGGAGUCCCAGGAAAAGCGGCCGAGUAGGAGGGACCCGCCAAGGAGGACUGGCUUCUCUGCUGACUCCUGGGGUCUACACAGACAGAUGGACAGUGGCAAGGCCCGAGGGACCCCCAGAGGGAGACUCUGGGAUGCCAGGGUGCAAGGGCACUCUCUGGUGAGACCCUCAAGGGACUGGCACCAGGGCUCCGGGGCUUCCAGGCAACUCUGUGGGGCCAUGGCCUCCCCCCCAGCUCCCCGCCCCAGCAGCACCCUCAGAACUCUCUAUUUGCAACUCCCAGUGAUCCAUGAACUCUAACCCCUCCCCAAUAAAGCCUUCUGUACAGAGUACGCUGGUCUGUGUCACCUCCUCACCCUCCUCCC